AAAGACUGCUUUUAAGAUGGAAACCUGAAAGAGGAAAAGAAAAAAAAAACUGGGAAAAGUUGCUUAGGUAAAAGUAUAAGGAGGUGUAUAUGUGGGUGUCACCUGAACUGUUUUUUGAUUAGAGUGAGAGAUUCCUUGAAACUAGCAGUGUAGUGAAAUUUUAAUUACUAAAUCUUGGGAUUUUCAAGCCUCCUUUUUUAUUCCUUUUAAAUUUAUCAUUAUGGAGUCGGAAAAUCCCCAUCACCAACACCACCAGCUUCAAGACCAGCUUGCUAGGCCAUCUUCUUCUUUACAUAUCUCUCCCUGUUAUGGAGUUUCAAGCUCCCAUGCUUGGACCCCAACAGCCCCAAGUAUUGCUUUCAACUUGAGUGAGUUCAAUCCAAAUUAUAAUGAGGAUAUGUUGCACUCAAGGCCGAAAAAUGACAUUUUAGCAUCUCCUCAAAACAGUUCCAUGAUCCGAGACUGGGCUAACAGCUCCUCAAGCGUCGGAGAUUCUCGUCAGCUGCCUCAAGCAAACUACUUGAAGAAUAACGAGCAAAUGGAUUUGAAUGAUCUCAGCGAGAAACAGUUGUUCAAGACAAUAUCUUCUGGUUUCCCAAUGUCUUCUGCACAACCAGAAUUUUACUCGAGUACCCAGAAUUGUUCUAUCCCUAGGAAUAGUUUUUCACCAAGUAGUGGGAGUUUCAGCCAGAUUUAUCCUAGUAUAAAUGUUUCAAGUUUGAACCAAGUUUCUUCUCCCCGGAAUAUACCAAGCUCCUUUGACAUGAAUAUGGAGGCCUUGGAUCCCUUAAAUCCUCCGAGAUUUAGAAGAAGCAGUAGAUUUAGCUACCCUUCGGAAGAUCAUCAUGACAGUCUUGGUAUACACAAAGAGAUCAGCCCUUCUUUUGGUCUCCAUCACCACCAUAAUUUGCAGCAGUCAAAUCAAAUGCCAGAAGCUUAUUCCCCUAGUCAAAUGUCACCCUUCCCCACAGAAAUAACAGAGGCAAAGAGACCCGGCAUUUUAUCGGAAGCAAAGGCAACUGCAGCAACAGCAGUGAAGAAAAUUCGUUUGGAGUCACGCGCCUCCUGCCCUCCAUUUAAGGUUAGUAAAGAGAAACUUAGGGACAGAAUUGCAGCUCUACAACAAUUGGUUGCUCCCUUUGGCAAGACAGAUACAGCGUCCGUACUAAUGGAGGCUAUUGGAUACAUCAAAUUCCUUCAAAAUCAAGUUGAGACAUUAAGCGUUCCGUAUGUGAAGUCAUCUCGUAAUAAAACAUCCAGGUCCAAACAAGGGGGUUCAACGAUGGAGGAUGAAGAUGAAGAAGAAGAAGAAGGACAGCCUGAUCUCAAAACUCGAGGUCUAUGUCUAGUGCCAUUGUCAUGCAUGUCUUACGUGACUAACGACAGUGGUGGCUGUAUUUGGCCGCUGCAGCCGCAUGACUUCACCGUCUGAACUGGAGAACGACUGCCUCUGGUUAGUUUGGAAUUGGAAGCGAGAAGAGAUAUUAAAAGUCUUGGGACAUAUAUAUUAUGAAAAAAAAAACACUGAUCAUCUUAUUAGCCCUUAAGUGGGCUAGGAGAAUAAUAAGUGCUAGCCUUGGUUUCCAUGGAACAAAUUUGGUCAUCUUGUUUAAAUUACAAAAGCUUACAAG